UUCAUCUUCCUUUUUGCUUCUUGUCCUCUUGCCUCUCUCUGUUACAUUUUUGUUGGUGCUACAAUACAAGACGACUUGAAAGACAACUUUCACAAACGCAGUUCGAAGCGGAACAUUUUCUUUCCGUCUCUGUGCUUUUUUUUCUUCUUUUUUCUUUUCCUUCGUAAUCCGUUUCUCUACUUUUUUUUUUUUUUGCCAAUGCUUGUCCCUAACGAACAGUCGAGUCUCGGUCGCUCCCACAGUUGGGACACAUUCGGGGGGAAUGAGGGUCAGUGGGAGAGGGCUGAAAGUGUCUACGAGCAGCAGGCAAGAGUAGCUGGCCGGCGGAGCUCUCUGACAUACGGAGAGGGAGGCGGGUGGUACGACCCUCCAGCAGGAGUGCAUCCCCCUGACCUGGAUUUGAAACGCGACCCGUAUUCCUGCCAAGGCUCUCCAUGCGGACAGGUUUACGGGGAGCGACAAGACCCGCGGGGGCUGAGGAAGGGCUCUGUGCCGGAUCUAAACCGUUACGAACGAGUGCCCGUGGCUCAGCGAGGAUCCAUUCCGCAUCAGGAUUACUUUUCCCACGACCCGGCCAUGACUGCGCGGCCACCCGAGGGCUUUUACCGGCCCGAACGCCAGCCUCCACCGCCUCACCCACUAAGUCGGCCAGGCUCUCAUUUUGGGCUGGCGCCCGGGGCUCGUGCCGUGUGGGAUCACGGUCAGGGAGGAAGAGCAGGACCUCAAGCCCCUGUAUCGCCUCUCCCUCCGCCCCCUCCUCCAACCGCUCACGAGUUGAGCCGGGGGUACAGGGAACUCGGUGCGGUAACUGCUGCCAGAAUGACGCCGGAUGGCCAACAGCGCAUACCCUCUCGGGAGCCAUCUCCUGCGCACUAUGGUAUGGAGCACGCGUCUCCUCGGUAUGCCGGUGAGCCUCCACCGAUGACCGGUCAGACAGUCUAUACAGAUGUGAAUGGCCGCCCGUUGGAUCCCCAGCAGCCGGCUGCUACCUGUCUGGUCGUAGAUCCUUCCAGUCAAGGUAUGAUUAUGAGGCAAGAGAACACCUCGCCCUUCACCGUUCAACAGCAGCAGCAAUUACAGCAGCAACAAAUACAGCAGCAGCAACUUCAACAGCAACAAUUGCAACAGCUUCAACAGCAGCAGUUGCAGCAACAGCAACUUCAGCAAGAACAGUUGCAUCUGCAACAGCAGCAGCCCCUGCCACCUCCACCCGCAAUGCCUUCCUCCGACCCGAACCUUUCCACGAUGGCUCCGCUGGCCGCUCCACCUGCCGUCGCGCAGACCGCGGCAGUCGCUCCAAUUGCACCUGCCCUUGCACAGGUGGUCCAAUCUCCAGCCCCUCCUCUACCAAUCCCUCCACUUCCCGCUCCUCUUGCCCCACAGGCGCAUUUGCUCUUGGACCCCAAGAAGACGGUCGACCCCGAGUUCCUCGCCCUGCUGCGGAACGAGGGCCUCUCCGAGAGCACCGUCUCCUCGCUCGCCCAGCAGGGGUUUGACUCCACGGGCAUGCUGGCCGUGAUGGAGGAGAACGAUGUCCGCACCGUCGCCGCCAACCUCGGCCAGGCUCGCGUCCUAUCUCGCUUGGUCCGCAACUGCAAGCGGCCCCCCGAAGCUCCGCCGGCCCCUCCCCAACCUCAGGCGCCCACGAGAGGCCGCUCCAAUAGCUUUAGCCAUCGCUCAGACAUCUACCAGCAGCAGCAGCGUCACCGCUCAAUGCACCCCUCGCAGGCUUUGACCGUGGACGCCCACAUGAUGCACCCCCAGACCCCUGGGGCCAUGCAGACCAUCUCCCCGAGGAUGGCGAGGAGGCCCAACAGCGCCCCAUCGCAGCACCUCAUGGAAGUGUCUGGAGGCUACGCAGGUCAGCCGCCUCGCUCCCCGGGGUCAUACGCUGGAGCACUUAUGCCUGUUCAAUCAAGACCCAUGUCCGCCUACUCUUCCGGGAUGCCCAUGCAUGGUAUGCAGAUGAUGCCACAGCAAAUGACCGGGUCAAUGCAUGCCAUGCAAGGGUCUAUGCACUCCAUGUCGGGUAUGCCACAGCAGAUGCCUGUGUCCCUGCCAGCUUUCACACAGCCGCCACAACAGGUCCCCAAAGCUUACUCCACCAAUUACACAGUACCUAUGGAGCUGAUGAAGAGGGACAGGAACCUACUGCCUUUGUCCCCCAUGCACAGCCCUCACCCCAGUCCUCAGAUGAUGCGUACGGUUGGGGGACCUGCCCCGGACAAUGUCCUCAUCCCUAUGGGACCACCGGGCCAAAGUGCCCUGGCUGUUAACCAGAAACUAAGUAGACGCACUGGCCCACCAGUCAUCGUGUCCACUAUGAUGUCACCAGAUACAAGUAUUCGGCCCCAGAUUAUGAAUGGGCCUAUGCACCCGCGCCCCCUGGUGGCGCUGCUGGAUGGGCGCGACUGCACGGUGGAGAUGCCCAUCCUCAAAGAUCUGGCCACAGUGGCUUUCUGUGACGCCCAGUCCACACAGGAGAUCCAUGAAAAGGUGCUGAACGAGGCGGUGGGGGCCAUGAUGUACCACACCAUCACCCUGACCCGAGAGGACUUGGAGAAGUUCAAGGCGCUGCGCAUCGUCAUCCGCAUCGGCAGCGGCUACGACAACAUCGACAUCAAGGCCGCCGGGGAGCUCGGCAUCGCGGUGUGUAACAUUCCCUCGGCGGCCGUGGAAGAAACGGCCGACUCGACGCUCUGUCACAUCCUCAACCUGUACCGGCGGAACACCUGGCUGUACCAGGCUCUGCGGGAGGGCACGCGGGUCCAGAGCGUGGAGCAGAUCCGGGAGGUGGCGUCGGGCGCCGCCAGGAUCCGAGGAGAGACGCUCGGCCUCAUCGGAUUCGGGCGCUCGGGCCAGGCGGUGGCGAUGCGCGCCAAGGCGUUCGGCUUCAACGUGCUCUUCUACGACCCGUACCUGCAGGACGGCUUGGAGCGCUCGCUGGGCGUCCAGCGCGUCUACACCCUGCAGGACCUGCUCUACCAGAGCGACUGCGUCUCCCUGCACUGCAACCUGAACGAACACAACCACCACCUCAUCAACGACUUCACCAUCAAACAGAUGCGUCAAGGUGCGUUCCUCGUCAACUCGGCACGGGGAGGUCUGGUGGAUGAGAAAGCUCUGGCUCAGGCCCUGAAGGAAGGCCGGAUACGGGGCGCCGCCCUGGACGUCCACGAGACGGAGCCUUUCAGUUUUUCCCAGGGCCCGCUGAAAGACGCCCCCAACUUGAUCUGCACGCCGCACACCGCCUGGUACAGCGAGCAGGCGUCGCUGGAGAUGAGAGAGGCCGCCGCCACAGAAAUACGCCGAGCCAUCACCGGCCGCAUUCCCGACAGCCUCCGAAACUGCAUCAACAAGGAGUUCUUUGUGACCUCUGCCCCGUGGGGGAUGAUGGAGCAGCAGCACCAGCAGCAGCAGCAGCAGCAGCAGCCUCAAGUUCACCCCGAGAUGAACGGCGCCGCCUACAGGUUCCCUCCCGGCGCGUUGGGCGUCGCCCCCGGCAGGAUUCCCGGACCGAUGGAGGGGUCGGUGCCCGGGGGAGCGCCCAUCUCCCACACCCUGCCCCCCGGUAUCCACCCGUCACAGGCCAGCUCCCCCAACCAGCCCUCCAAACACGGUGACCACACGAGAGAGCACAUGACCGAGCCGUAGGCACCGACGACGUAACCGAGGCCGGCGGAUUAAAACACACACACACACACACACACACACACAGGAACAGCAUUCCCACCGUCCGCUCGACUCUCAGCCGUCUGAACCCACCAGCCGGCUCCCCCUUUUUGUAUGAAACCACUUCGCCCGAGUGAGGACAGCGGAUGUCGUGACCCACAUGAGACCGACCGUCCAACUGAAGCCCCCGGAAACCUUUUUCCUCCCGCAUAUCUUUUUUCUUUUUGUUGUACGUUGAUUAUGUUUAAAAAAUAAAAAAAAAAUCUUUUAUUGUGGCGUAUAUCUCACGGGGAGAUUUCCUCCUGACGUCUGGGACAUGUUGACAUUUCCACGCGCGGGAUGGAAAAUCUGAAUGGACAGAGGCUUCAUGAACAAUCCCCCUCCUCCCGCACCGAUGACACCCACACACACACACGCGUUGCUAUUUUUUACUUUCCUCCGUUUCUCCUAUAUUCCGUGUUUCUGUUGCAAAGUGAAUAUGUGUCGCUCUUUUCUUCAGCGGGUGCAAACGAAUGGAUGUAAAGUUCUACGGAUGUUUAGAAGAUAGCAAACAUCAUCCGACAUCAUCGUUUCUCAUUCCUCGUCGUCGUGGCCCCUGAACGUCGAGACGAGGUGCAGAGCAGUCGGUCCGCUUUUCACUUCCAGGAAGGAUAUUUUUCGGCUUGUGAGGUAAAAAAAAAAAAAGACACUUUUAAACCAAAAAGACACUGUGACUAUAAAUUAAGCGUCGCAUCAAUUAAAUAUUAGUUGUAACUCUUCCGACUCCGCUGGACUGAGGAACCUCCAGUAUUUGGUCACCGAGUCCCAAAAUGUCGCCUAUUUGCAUCCAAAGGACCGACGACGCCGCAUCGAAACGGGAAUAAAUCGCUUGCCGACUCAGGAUAAAAAUGAUUGGCCUUCAAAUACGUCCGAAUCUAAACCGAAAGAGGAACUGGAUCAAUCGCUUAUUCGCGUCUCCACGUCCGUCUCCAUUGUGAUAUUCUUUUAUAAAAUCAAAUGUACGUUGUUGUUGUUUUUUUUGGGGGGGGGGAUGUUCAAGGUCUUCAGUCCGAUUUGUAUCGCCUUGGUAAAUGUUCUUAUAAUCCUAGUCCGAUGUGAACGACCCCGCCCCCUCUCCUCUUUAUUGUUUUUUUCCUCUCCGCUUCGUUUCCCCGCUCUUAUUAAAGUCCCUUCAGCCCGAUGAAGUUAGCCAGACGCAGCUGCUCGCAGAUUGUUGGUUUUUAGUGUGAGUGUUUGUAUUCGUUUCUUGUACAAGGUGAACAUAUAGCAUAAAGUGCAGCUGGAAACAAUAAAUAAAACGUACUGUUCCGAUUGAU